AGUUUGACAUUAUCACACAACAAUAACAAGUCAUAGCAAACAGUGGAGUGGUACGGGCUGAAUUCCAAAAACUAGCCAGCAAAAAUCCUUCCAUAUGGCCUCCCAUGGCCAUGCCUAAUCUGUUGUGCGAUGUUGUAUUGUGAUUAUGUACUCCCGAACACUUUCCUCACUAGGUGUAGGAAGAUUUUCGUGUAGCGACUUAACGCAAUCAACUCAAAUAGUGUACCGAACAGCAGCGAACUAGCACACCCGCAGCACCGAACCAGUUUCUUCAUAAUUAUAUCCCCAAUCAGACGGCAUUCCUUUUUUGCGUAGAGCGACGUGUUGUGCAAUCGAAUAUAUAUUUCAGCUAAAAACCGGAAUGUGAUGUGGCACCAACUUCCGUACCCAACGAAACAAUCGUCGAUAUAGAUACGUAGCAUAAUUUCCAGUUGUUCCAAUCGCAUCUCCGGAACAGCACGAUGGAUAAGGUGGAAAAGAUUUUUUCCAUCAAAACGCCCCGAAUCAAGCAGAAGGAUUUGAAGUGCAGAAAUGGAUGCGGAUUUUAUGGGAACGCUCAAUGGAACGGGCUGUGUUCGAAGUGUUAUCGCGAACGGUCACAGAAGGAACGGCAUACGAAGCCAUUUCGACUGUCGAAGAACGAUCAGCAAAAGCACACUGCUCGAGAAUCGCAGCAAAUAUCCGCUUCAGAUCUGGCAACGGCUUCAAACAGUCAGUUGGGGCAACAACAGCAGCAGCAACAACAACACCACCAUCAUCACCACCAGCAGCAGCAGUCGUUGCAUUCGAAGCUAAUCCCGAAACUAUCGGGCGACCGGGACGAGAAGAAGAAAAAGUUAAAUUUGAUAGAAUUAAUUAAAAAAUCUACUCCCGGUAGAGAUUCGGAAAAAUCGCGCCAUCAUAGUAGGCAACCGAUUGAAAAGCUCGAGCAGGAGUACAUCGAUGCGCUAAAAGCGCUAAAGAUAGAGGAUGCUUCCAAACAGGAGUUGAAAUACUUCAUACACAUGCUCGACCAGCAGAUACGCAAAAAGUAUAGCACGGUCAGCGUCGACGAGCUGUCGGAGCUGGUGCAGAACGGGUACACAAAGUUCCGUGACUACAUGCACACGGAAAACUCCAAGUUUGCAAGCGCCACGGAAGAAAUGCGCGAGCAGGUGCUCGAUUUUUUCGAACGCUGCAUUAUGACGAAGAAUCACAAGUAUCUAUUUUCACCACCGUCGACCGAUGACGAGGACAAUGAUUCGUACAUUCACAAGCGCAUCCGGCAGCUGAACUGGAUAACGGCCGAGCAUCUGAUGUGCAAUAUCGACGAGGUGAAUUCGGAGGUGCGCGAACUCGCGUACACCGCCAUUACCGAGCUGGCCUCGGUGGAUUCAUUUCUGUCGCCACAGGAAAAGCUUGACUGCAUCUUUCGCUGCUGUUUGCAUAUCUUUAGCUUCCUCAAGAAGUCGUUCCAGAGACCGGCCAGUGCGGACGACUUUUUUCCCGCAUUAAUCUUCGUGGUGCUAAAAUCGAACCCGGUGCGAUUGCACAGCAACAUCAACUUUAUCACGCGCUUCAGCAACCCUUCGCGACUGAUGAGCGGCGAGAGUGCCUACUAUUUCACUAAUUUGUGCGGUGCGAUUUCGUUCAUUGAAAAUGUAACGUCCGAGGAGCUCUCGUUGACCCAGGCCGAAUUUGAUAGUUUUAUGUCGGGCGAACAGGAAGGUACUUCGGCAUGGGAAAGUGCACUGAUUGCGUGCGAAAGUUUACAUCAGAUAUCGGAAAAUAUGAAGGUGAUGAAAACGAUAGCGUCGAAAAAGGAUGAACUGUACAAUGGGAUUAUUGCGCUUAAUGCCGAAAUCGAUACAUUUGGGCUAGAGAUACGACAAACCGUCGCAGAGGUACUUGAACGUACGCCGCUUGUGUUACAAUCCUGUAAAACACCAGCCCGUGUGGUGGCCAUCAGACAGCAGUACAUGUCAUCCUCGGCAGCAGCCUCCGCGUAUGUUGACCCUGCCUCGGUACAAUCGACCGUUGCCGGAGGUCAUUUUACCUCAAACCUGGUGGCAGUCAACAAAACGGUCAAUAUAGAAGCUGCCACGAGCAAACCAAAGACAGUCGACGGUGGUGGUGCCACAUCAAGUCAACCUACGUCCGGUCCAUCCGCUAGUACUACUGCCGGAACCGAAGUGGAACUGUUGGUACAGAGCCUAUCGAACACGCUAACCACACCGCUCGUGUCGGUUGAUGCGGGCCCUCCAUCCGAAGGGGCCGCACCGGCAUCACCCUUCUAUGGCAUGAGCGCGAGCAAUUCGGCCGACCUGCUUUCGGCAUCGCCGUCGUUCGACUACAAUAACAUCUUUGAUGCGCAGUCACUGGACGGGCUGUCCACUCCGGUCGAUCUAGCGACGGAUUUCAUUCGUGGCAUACGCAAUAUCAAUUAUGAUUUUGAUUUUUCCGAUCACAGCGGCGACAACAGUACGGCGGAAGAUUUUGAUCCCCGGGCAACAUUUAAGCAGGUCCCGAGUGUUGCAUCGGAUCCGACGAAACCGAUAUCACCCUUCGAUUUGGAAGAAUUUGAUCCGUUGCUGCAGAAUAGCGUUGGUGCUGUUCGACGACCUGCCGAACCACUGUUACCACUUCCGUUACAACCAUCGGCAGCAUCGGCGUCAACUGGGGGCAGCGGGAGCCUGCUGGAUGAUUCUCCCGGUUCGCUGAUGCUGGAGUCCCCGCUGAAGCCAACCGUGGCCGAUUUUCAUGGUUUAUCACUGCACGGGUGUAACAUUCCGACGAUUACAUGCGUAACCGGUGUUUUACAUCCACCACCCGGUAGUGGAGGGGUGGCAGGAAGUGGUAACGGUGGACCGAAUGGUCCAAAAGCAGCCAUGGCUGGCGAUCGGAAUGCUAAUAAUGACACUAGCUUAAUCUAGACUGGUGUAAGGGACAACAGACAAACGCAAAGACCGUUGACCGACUAGUGACUUGUUAUUGUAUAUUAAUCGAAGCGAGAAAACGAUUGGAGAGGAUGGUUAAGAGAAAAUGGAACAAAAAUUGUUUGUUAUUUGUUUAGUACAAGAAAAAAAAAUAAACACACUUAUUUGCUAAUUCAA